CACUUAUUACCUACCUUGCCGCAAGCAAACCUAGCAUUCCGAGCUCACUCACUCGAAAAUGGCUUCCCCACAUCAUAAUGCUGAACUCGUCCAAGGAGGAGGCCAGUCGGACGUGCAGACUACUUCAGGUGGACAACAAAUCCAAUCUGAAACCGGGGGGAUCACAAAAGAUGGCGUGGCAAACCAGGCAGAUGAUCUAAAGAAGAAAGUGUUCCGGUUGGCCAUGGAGAGCAAGUGGAAGGAAGUGUUGUAUAUGUACAAAACGUAUACGCAGAUCCAAGGGGAAAAGAUCACCAGCUCAGAGGACACGUUAUUGCAUAUAGCAGUCACUGAUGACAAGACAUACAUAGUCAGAGCGCUUGUGAAUGCAGUGAGCGAAAAUAAAAUCCUAGAGAUGCGGAACGACAUGGGAAACACUCCACUCCACUUGGCAGCGGCAACGGGAAAGGUAGAAAUGUGCAAAUGCUUGAUAGAGAAACACUGGCAACUGAUUGAGAUCCGCAACAAAGAAGGGGAAACGCCACUCUUUGUGGCUGCUCUACACGGCAAAAACGAAGCAUUUCUCUACCUACUUUUUCAAUGUCCCACUGGAAAGCAGAGUGAGUAUUGGAGGAGGAGUGAUGGCAAUAGUAUUCUUCAUGUGGCCAUUUCUGGGGAGUACUUUGGUUUGGCCUUCGAGAUGAUGAAAAAGUGCACAAAAAUUUCACCGGAAAAAUCCACAAAUGUCUCAGUUGAUCUUGCUAACAUUAGGAACGAGAGAGGGCAGACACCUCUCCAUGUUCUCGCAAGUAAUCCUUCGGCUUUCGAAAGUGGAAGUCACUUGCGAAGACUCGAGAAAUUCAUCUACCAUCAUAUUGUAGUUGAGCCUCUCAAAGAGUCAUCUAACCAUAUCCAAAGCGACUCAAAAGAAGAAUCUAAAAGCCAACAGCGGAAACUGCCUGAGAACUACAGUGUCUGCCUGGACUUGUUCAGGGUUAGCAAGGAACUGUUGGCGGUGGCGCCUAGGUUAUUUUAUUUCGGAGUUCCCCAGUGGCUACCGUCAUGGUGUCAGACAUGCCAAAGUGAUGCCGAGAACCCACCAAAUGAAAGAUCUGCACCUGCAGGUUCCAAUGAGGGUGGAGGCAAAAACCAUCAGAAAGGCCAAGAGAAAAGUGUCCACAAACAUGAUAGCCGGUUUCUUCCUAAUUAUGAAACGUGCUAUGCAUUUUUUGAGCUUGCAAUGGUGGUCUUACAAGUGAUUGGAUUUGGUUAG